CCCUUGUGAUGAAUAUUUAACAGCAGUGCACAGGCUGGAGCGGAGGAUUUCUCCGGGCUGCCUGGGCGCUGGCAGCUGCCGCCCGCCCCAGCCCCGCCGCCCGCCCGGGCGCACUGCGGAGGAGGACGGGGCGUCGCGGCGGGGCCGCCUGCCCGUCCCUGCCCGUCCCUGUCGCCGGCAUGGGGACGCAGGGGCUGGGGAUAACUUUCCUGACUUUGCCUCUCAUCGUGCGAGCAGCCGCGGGAGGGCAGUGGUGCUAUGACUCGCAGGACCCCAAAUGUGGCCCCAGCCACUGGAAGGAGCUGAAAGCCACAUGUGGCGGUGACAAGCAGUCCCCCGUGAACAUUGACAGGCGCCAGCUGCAGCGGGACGGUGGCCUUGGGGACAUUCUCUUCGAGGGCUACGACCAGGCCCCCCCGGGCAAGUGGAGGCUGGCAAACGAUGGGCAUACGGUGAUGCUGAGCCUGGAGAGCGAGUCUGUCCCUGAGCACAUCACCAUCAGCAGUGGGGGCCUCCCCGGCAGGUACCGGGCACUGCAGCUCCACUUCCACUGGGGCAGCCCAGCCGGGAACGGCUCUGAGCACACCCUGGAUGGGCACCAGCUCCCCAUGGAGCUGCACAUUGUCCACAUCAAUGUCAAGUACCGGACGCUGGCAGAGGCCAAGGGGCAUCCCAACGGGCUGGCUGUCCUCGGCAUCUUCUUCCAGGCCUCUGAAACCCCGAACACCAACUACAAUACCAUCGUGGCGGGGCUGAGGAACAUCUCCCAUGCUGGUGACUCUGUGGAUUUGGCCUCCACCUUCCGCCUAAGCACCCUGCUGCCGCCUGCCCGCCAUCUCUCCAGGUACUACCGCUACCAGGGCUCCCUCACCACCCCCGACUGCAGCGAGGUCGUUGUCUGGACCCUCUUCGAGGAGCUGGUGGAGAUCGGUCAGGAGCAGCUGCGGGCGUUCGUCAGCACCCUCCACUUCCCACCCGCUGGCUCCACGCUCCUAAAAAUGACCAACAACUUCCGCCCGCCGCAGCCCCUCCAUGGCCGGAAGGUCUUUGCCUCCAGGGCGGCCACGGCCAGCAGUGGGUCCCCGUGUGGCGGCCACCACCAGCUCCUCUCCCCCCUGCUCCUGCUGGCCCUGCUCGCCCCCUUGUCACCAGCACUGUAGGGUCUGUCCUGGCCUUUCACCAGUCUCCACACGAGCAUUGCUCUGCUGCUAUGGUGAUGGGAAGGAAACACACCUGGUUCUUCGGUACAUGGGAAAAAAAAAAAAAAACAAAAAAAGCACGUCAAGACCUCAGCUGGGUGAAGAUUUUGCAAAUUUGGAUCUCUGCAGAGGUGAAUCUCUGCAAGCCCGGAGCCUCCCUGCACUGGCCCUGUAACCCUGUGGUAGGAGACACCAGGAGGGGAUGCUGGGGGGGCUGGAAUAAAGCCGAGGUCAUUGCUGAUGGCUAAGGAUCACUGCCUCUUUGGUUCCGUGUCCCUUCGGUGUUGCUGGGGCAGGGUGCUUGCCACCGGGGUGUGGCAUUAGUGGGCAGGGAGCUGGGGGACAGUGCCUGGGUGGCGCUGGGGGAUACUGGCCUCGUGCAUGGCUGCGCAGGCUGGUGUGAGACUCCUCUGUCCUACAUGUGCGAUGAAUCCCUGGAGCCAAACCCUGGCCAUGCGUGUGGUUCAGGGUCCUCGCAGUCCCUGUACCUGCAGACACUGUCCUGCUGCUUUCCCUGCGGUUGGGGUGGCUGACAGGGAUGGGGCAGCACAGAGGGAACUGAUGGCCCUUUCCACAGAGCUAAUUUUACGCUGGCAGAAAUAGCUGCACCUGCCAGCACCGCUUCAGUGCUGCCUGGCAAGGCAGGGGCAAAGCCAGGGCCCAGGCGAAUGGAGUGGUUCAUAAUUAAUGUGCUGAAGCUGCAGGCAUGUUCCUGUCUCGUCCUGAGUUAUGGUCAUAAGAGCACAGGUUGUUAUCUGGGAGCAGGGAAGGGCGGGUUGAGGUUUUCAUCAUUUCUGAGGGGAAACUGCUGCCAGCACACGGUCCUGGCCCAAGAGGUGGCUGCAGCACCCGUGGGUGCAGGGGGCCUGAGCAUCCUCUGGGCAUGAGGCUUGGGCUCCCUCUGAAGCCCACAGUGGGGAAGCAGCUUCUCCAGAGCACGGAGUGGCUCAGCUGAAGACCCCCCAGUCCUCAUGCUGGGGUGCUCGCAGGCCCUUGAGAGUGCUGGGGCUCCAUCAAGCCACCCCAGAGCUCAGGUCUGGGGUCUUGGAGCAGCCACCUUGGUUGGCGAGGAGAGCCUGGGCUGCUGGGUGUCUUUGGGUGUGCAGCACCCACAGGAUGCUGAAUGUGGGGUGCCAUGUGCUGCCGCAGUGUGGUGGUGGCAGCGGCCACCAGCUCGGUAACUCCCGCCGGGCUCCGGCUUGUGCCGGCUGGAAGCAGCAGUCUCGCUCCGGGCCGUGUGCUGCCCUGUCAUUAAGGACCUCGUUAGCGCAGGUGACAGCUCUGGCCGCCUGUCCCCGCCGCGCUGGCGGCUCAGGCCGGUGAGAGCCGGCAGGUGUGGGGUCACACUCGCCCCGUGUGUCCACGGGCAGCCCGGACUGCCAGCGCCUCGGGGGCUCCGGCUGGCCCCGUGUCCCCACCGUGCCGGAGCGCUGCCAUGGCCGCCAGGGGGCGCCCGCCCACCGGCUGAGGGCACCCAGGCGGCGCUGUCACCGAGCGGCGCUGUCACCGAGCGGCGCUGUUACCCGUGUCCCCGAGUCCCGUCCCGCCUGUGCGCCCCUCCGCUCUGCCCUCUGUUCCCCCUGUGACCCCCGUGUCCCUUCUCCGCCCAUGUCCCCCCCGCGUCCUCCAUGCUGUCUGUGUCCCUACAUCUUUCCAUGUUCCACCGUUCCCCCAGUUCCCGUGUCCCCUUCCACACUGCACGGCCCAGCCCCAGCCACUCGCAUCCACAGGGUGUAGGGGGUGGCUGCCCCACAAACGUGCCUGGGUCCAGCCCAGGGUGGUGAUGGGUUCAGCCGCAGAGCACGGCAGGACGUGGCCAGCCAUGGUGAGCCCCAAAUAGCUGCAGCACCCCCAGUCUACUCCAGUGUCAGCCCAGGGUGUGAGGGCACCUGGGCAGUGGGGCCAGACAUUGCCUGCCCUGGGGGGUCCAUCAAGGCACAGGCUGUGGCUCUCCAAGGGCGGGAGGUGGCUGAAACACCUGGCAGGAGCCCUGGGAGCAAAUACCCCUGUGCUCAGUGUCCCGUCGCCUGGGGAUCGACCCUGGCUGGCCAUGGUGGCCAUGGCAGAGGACAGUAGAGGCACCAGGAGGGUCCUGGCAGCUGAGAGCUCUGCACACACUGUGCAGCCUGCUGCGACCCCAAAUUUGGGGAGAUGCUGUGUCUUCCACCAGGAACACUGGGCUGCCCUGGCAGCCUGGGGAAAGGACUUGGAACCACAGCAAACACAAAAGCCAUUGUUGAAUUGGCGCCAAAAAAAUGGCUUUUCCCGCGCUGCCCAUGGCACAGCUGGGCAGCCAUGCUCUGGAUGCCACGUGCUGUAAAGUUUGUGCUGAGCAAGUGACACGUGUGGGUACCAGGGCUAUUCCUGGCUCCCAGCUGGUGUUUGGCCAAAGCGGGCUCUUGUUUUUGGCCAGGCUGUAAUUUUAGCAAAAGUUGUUCCCGAGUAGCGGGGCUGUGGUCGGCACAGCUGUUUGGGGUGAGCACCGGCUCAGCUAGUGGGGCAGCGAUGUGCAUCGGCACUCCCCUGGUCACGGCCAGCCUGGGGUGCCUGGCCAAAAGUGCCCAAAACAUGGCAGAAAUGCUUAAACCUGAUGUUCUUCCCCUACUGCAGCUGCAGAGGAAGAGGAAAGGGCUGGGGCUCUGCUGUGGCUGGGGUGGGUGACAUUUGCUCAGGGUGGGACAGCUGCUGGGGAGGGUGACACUGGCUGGGGUGCAGGGACCAGCCGGGGGUGCACCCCACAUUCCCCUCCUGUCCCCCAAGCCCUGGCUGCAGAAGCUGUGCACUGGCGCUGUGCACUGGCGCUGUGCACUGGCGCUGCUCACCCCAGCGGGCCACAGAAGGGGAGAAAACCAAAUUUGCUUGAAGUCCUCCCUAAGCAGUUGAGUCAAACCCUUCUGUUCCCUUCCAAGGGCAUGGUGAGGACUGCAGCGGCUGCCUCCGUCACACCCAUCAGCCACCACUGCCACCGCCUUGCUGUCACCCUGCCACCAAUGUUUCCUACCUAGAAAUAUCUUAACGUUAACCUAAAAAAACCCUACCUUGGAAGUCCUAACAAGGGCUGAAACUCAAUGACUGCAGAUGAGUAGCACCAGCCCUGUGAUAAAACCCCACCAUUAGCACACCUGCUUGGGGAGAUGUGGGUGUUUACACCAAAUAUGAGCACAAAACAAGGGUUUGCUUGGUCCCCAGACCAGGGCUGAAACUCUGCUGGGAGUUUUAUUUUAUUAUCACACUAAAUUUGAGAUGAUAAAUAUUUUGAAGCAGCUGAAAGGUGUUUAUUUUUGAGUUGGUUCAGCUUGUUUACAACCUGUUUACAAGCUUGGGUAUUUGUCUUUGGGGCUGUUUGCCUCUCCCCAGGCUGUGGAUAGUUUAAUACACACCUAAAUAACCCCCAGCGAGGGGUCCGGCUGCCCCUCCCGGUGCCUUCCUGCCGGAUGCCAGCUGCACCGACGGUUGCUGUUUUGACAGAGCUAUGCAAAUGCUCUGGCCUUUGCAAAUGGGCUUGAUUGCUCAGGUUGUGUUUUCAGCCACACCAGCUUCAAACAUUUAUUUAUUUCGUUUAAUUCCCUUUCAACUGCAGGGUGAUAAACCUCGGCCUUGGGCUCUGUGGCUGUCUCCAGCUGGGGCUUUGUUUUGGGGUGUGCCCAGGGGAUGUUUCAUUGUAUGUAAUAAUUCAUAACCUGUAUUUUAUAAUUUAUAACCUGCAUUUUAUUCAUUCAUAACCUAUGUUUUAUUUCACGGAUUUGGGGAAAUCUGCCCAGUAUUGUGGGAACCUGGCGACUGUCCCGUGCAUCUCCUGGCAGGUCAGACUGACAGAUAAGCCCAGCUGAGGGGCUGCCUGGCAGGAGGCAGAGGCUGAUUAUUUUAAUUCAGCCAAUAAGAGAGGAUUUGGGGUGACCUGGCAGUGGGGUGGCAGCAGGCGGCCCUGGCAGUGGCACAGGGGGACAAGGGCACGAGCUGAGCAGUAUCAGGGUCAGCCCUGUCCCUGGUCCCGUGUGUGUGGGGUCAGCGGUGCCCAGCCAGGGCAGCUGGAUGCACUGGGGUCACUGGGAAGGGUGUGUGUGUGUACAUGUGCCACUGUGUGUGUGCAAGAGGGGUGACCCCAGGCUGGGAAUAUGCACCCUAGCACAGGCACGCAGACCCACCAGCCUUGGCACCAGCCCCCAGUGGGUCCCUGGUCCCCUGCCCUGCCAAUUUUGAGCAGCCUCUGGCUGUCCCAAGCCCUGUCCCCUCACUGCGGUUGCUGAUGACCCUGCGAGGUGACAUCCCGCUGAGGCAGGGACAAAGCUGGUCCCAGCACAGAGCCAGAACCAUCUCGGGGCUGAGCCGAUUUGGGGUUUGUCAGUGUGGCACCCACUCGCCUUCACACGUCAGCACUCACUGGAGACAGUUUCGCUUCCUUUUUUUGCCCCCCCAUUCGAGUUUCUGAUUGGAGACUGUGGCGGGUGAGGAGUAAAUUUAGCCAGGGGAUGCCCCGCGGCUGCACAGCUGUGUGGCGGUGUUGGCUGGGGGGGGCUGGUGGGGCCUGGGCUCUGCACAGCCUGUCCCCAAACCCUUCGGUGAAGGUGGCUACGUGAGCGGGGGGCUGUCACAAUGGGGUGCAGGGGUAUGUCUUGUUUGGUGUGGCCUUGAGCUCGGCACAGGCGCAGUAACAAAGUAGGGGGACUCGUGCCGUCCUCCCACGGCCACCCCAAAGUGUUCUGGCUCUGCCCCGCUCCCCCCACCCCGGGCUAGAGCUAUUCUCAGCCCCAGCUCUUGCUUUCGAGUUUCAGCCCUGCUGCCUCCAGGAACGGUGGCUGUUUUGGGCGGCUGCAGCUGCUGCGGGGAGGGCAGGCGGGAUGUCCCCAACCCCUCUGGCUGCGCCACGUCACCCAUGUCUCUGCAGACAAGGUGUUUCAUCAGCCCCAGGUGCAUUCACUCUGCUCCCGCCACGUCCCCACACAGGGAGCCCCUAAAUCCUCCUGACAGGAGAUGCUGGGGCUCACCUUGGCCUGCGGAAAUCACCGAGUGAUGUGCAAUUAUAAGGAACAUUUAACGAAGAACUGUUGUUUUUACAUAACUGAGGACCCGGUGCCUGACCCCAGCAGGGGGAAGGACCGAGAGACAUCGGACUAUGAAUCCUUAAUGUAAAACACAGUCUCUUCCCGGAAUAUAUACUGGUACCUGUAUGCAUACUGAUAGCUGUAUUUACAAGUUAAUUCAGGGGGAAGGGUAGCCAAAGUACCAGGAAUCCAUACCUUAAAUAGAUUGAUAAGGGGAAGGGUAUUGUAUGCGUUGGGGUAGUCUGUAAACCCUGCAGUACCCAACCAAUGGGGAACAGGGGAGGAAAAUUGGGUCUGGGAUUUUAGGGGGAUAUAAGCAGGGGCUUUUUGCCCUAUUAUGUGUGCCUGCCUUUAGGUAGAACACCUGGUGUUGCAAUACUGUUAUUUAAAAAAAAUUGCUUUGCUGAGAGAUCCUGCCUGAGCCUAUUAUAUUUGCAAAAUAAUUGUUUCCUGCACAAUAAAUAAAGACCGAACAAGCCCAGGCUGGUUUUGGGGGACCAACCUGUGUGUACAUGUCUCUCAUAGAGGGGCUUCAGCAUGGGCACCCCCAAAUGCAAGGCCAUAGGUACAGGAGUUGUCCCCACCCCAGGGCAGGUUUUGGGGACCAGAGCAGAGCUUUGCUCUGUGAAGGCUGGGGGUGUUUUGGGGUGAAGGUUGUAAGAGCUCCCGUGGCCCCCCCCUCUGCCUCCAUCCCCGCAUCCAUCUUGCUGGUCUUGGCCAUGGGGCCCCUCUAAACAGUGUUUAAACCACCGGGGUUUAUUAAACCCCACUGAAGACCUUGUUAAGCCCUUGCCUGUGAGCCUCAGCCUGGGAGCGCAGCUCUCGCCAAGCCCCGGUCCCACCAUGGGACCCACUGCCUCUCUCUGCAGCUAAUUAAAGCUUUCCCGAAGCAUCUCAUUUACUAAAUUAGAUCCCCCUCUUUUUAAAAUUAAUGGCAAGCUGGGAAAACAAAAAUUAAAAAGUCUUUAAAAUUGCAGCGCAGGGGAUGGCAGAGUGAGAGCUGCAGCUGGGAGAGAUGCGGGUUUUGGUUUCACUCAGCACAUUUGCUCACCAGAAAACCCCACCGAGCGCGGCUAUGGGGGCAGGAUGAGCGUUUUCCACCCAGGCAUCCUCCCCAGUGAGGGCUGGAUCAGGCCCUGCAUCUCAGUGUGAUUCCCAGUGGUACCUCUACAGCCCUGUUGAAGGGCUUUUCAUGGGUAAAACCAUGGCUGGAAAUUCAUGGUGCUGCAGGCAGGAGGGAGUAGGGAGGCCCUGGAGAAGCCAGGGCCACUGAUCUAUAAUUCAGCAGAUUUUUUCCUUGCCAGUUGUUGCUUAGGGAAAAGAUUUAGCACAAUCUUUUAAUCAAUAAUUAGUGAGGUUUCCUGCCUCCCAAGUGGGAGACGUGCCUGUGCUCUGCUCUCCCAGACAGGAGCCAAAGCCAGACCCUAGCCCAGUAGGACCCAUCCCAAACUGAGCCUGUGAAAAGCUUGGGUCUGGUGCCCUGUAACCGAGGGACAGGCACCACCCGUGGGAUGUCAGGAUGGAUCGGGGUGAGUAGGAUGGAUAGAUGGGUGGAUGGAGGCAUUAAGGUGAACAGGACAGAGGCACUGGGGUGGACAGGACAGAUGGACACAGCAGGGAGGACACACAGCCAGCAACACUGCACAGAGUGGUGCUUUCUCCUCACUGGCUGCUGGAGGCUUUGCCCCAAGCAAGGUCAAGGCAUGCACUGCCCGUCCCACAGUGAAGGUGCUGGCUGGCCCCCGGCCUUCCCGGGGCAGUGACAGGACAAAGGGUAAUGGUUUUAAAAUAAAGGAGGGGAGAUUCAGGUUAGACAUGAGGAAGAUCUUUUUUACAAUGAGGAUGGUAAAACACUGUCCCAGGAUGACCAGAGAGAUGGUGGAUGCCCAAACCCUGGAGACAUUCAAGGCCAGGCUGGAUGGAGCUCUGAGCAACCUGAUCUGGGUGAAGAUGUUCCUGCUCAUGGCAGGGUGGGUUGGACUAGAUGACCUUUUAAAGGUCCCUUCCAAUCCAAACCAUUCUGCAAUUCUAUGAUUCUGUGUUCCCAGAAAGCACUUGCAGGGACAUGUGGCAACCCAAAGUCUGCUGGGGGUGGGCAUCCCACUGGCAUUGGCGCAGCCUGGAGAGGGGGAUGUAGUGGGGCUGUCCCUCCUUUACCAAAAGGCUGGGGAGGGGACAUCUUCCCCAGAACUGCAUACAGAGUCGCCAGGUGCUCCUGUUCCCUGUGCAGCUCUGAUGGGGUCCCCACAGCUAAGCAUUGGUGCUCGUCACAGCUGUGGUUGUGUGUCACUCUAUGCGCAAGGGACACUUCCCUGGGGUUGUGCUGAGGACGGGGCAUGUGGCGUGCAGGGGCCCUGGCUGCUGUGGCACAAGGUGCAGGGGACGGACUGGUGCAUGUCCCUGCAGCUGAACCAGCACCCCUAUCCUGGGUGACAGAGGGGUGACCAACGACAUGGGGUAGAGCCAGGGCUGGCCAGCAAAGGAACAUGGCUGGCCAUGGCCCCACAACAAGCCACGUGUCCCUGCAAGGUACCCACAGGCCAGCAGGUGAGGGACAAGGCUGACACAGCCAGGGCCACAUGCUUGCUGCCAGGAUGGGAGCUUAGACCAGGCUGAUGCUCCAAGCUGCUCGUCCCUUGGUCCUGGCAGUGCCAGGGCGGGUCAGUGGGAUCCCUGGGGGUGAGCAAGAACUGCAGGGAGCCCUGGGCACCCCUGGUAACAUGUGUGUGCGUGUGUCUGUGUGUGUGUGUGUGUGUGUGUGCGCGUGCACACGUGUGUUCCCAUCCCACCCACCCGCCUCCAUACUGGUGCCACUGGGGCAAUGUCGGCCAGCGCAGGGGGAGCGGGUGUGUUGCAAGGACACAGAGACAAGGAUGCUGAGCCAGCGCUAGUUCAGUGUUGAUGUUUAUUCAUGUGACACUGAGGGCAGGGGGACAGGAGCCGGGGGCAGGGGGACGUGAUGAGAGACAUCUGUGCUGCAGGGGGUCGCUGCCCCCAGCAGUGAGGAAGGGGGCCAGGGCCAGUGAGGGGCUGAGGGAUGUCCCGGCAGGGUUAGGAGGAGCACUCGCUUCUCUUCACGGUCUUCUGCACGUUGCCAGCCGCAUGCGUGACCUUGCAGGUGAAGGUCUCUUUGCUCCGCCACUGGCUAGGAGUCAGCGUCAGGUAGCUGCUGGCCAUGUACUUGGUGUUGCUCUGCCACUGGGGCUGGCUGGUGCUCACGCCGUCAGUGAUGGUGUUGCCAUCAGCCAGCCAGGCCACGGUCACAUCGCGAGGGUAGAAGUUUUCGAUCAGACACACCAAGGUGGCUUUGUUCUGCUCCAGCAGCUCAGAGGAUGGUGGGAACAAGGAGACUUCAGGGGCCGACCUGGGCAAGUCUG